AUGGCAUCCACCGAUUUCUCCAAGAUUGAAACUUUGAAACAAUUAAACGCUUCUUUGGCUGACAAGUCCUACAUUGAAGGUACUGCUGUAUCUCAAGCUGACGUUGCCGUCUUCAAGGCUUUCCAAUCUGCUUACCCAGAAUUCUCCAGAUGGUUCAACCACAUUGCUUCCAAGGCCGACGAAUUCGAAUCUUUCCCAGCUGCUUCCAAGGCCGCUGCUGAAGAAGAAGAUGAUGACGACGAAGUCGAUUUAUUCGGUUCCGAUGACGAAGAAGCUGAUGCUGAAGCUGAAAAGUUGAAGGCUGAAAGAAUCGCUGCAUACAACGCUAAGAAGGCUGAAAAGCCAGCUAAGCCAGCUGCUAAGUCCAUUGUCACUCUUGACGUCAAGCCAUGGGAUGAUGAAACCGACUUGGAAGAAAUGGUCGCCAACGUCAAGGCCAUCUCCAUGGAAGGUUUGACCUGGGGUGCUCAUCAAUUUAUCCCAAUUGGUUUCGGUAUCAAGAAGUUGCAAAUUAACUGUGUUGUCGAAGAUGACAAGGUUUCCUUGGACGACUUGCAACAAAGCAUCGAAGAUGACGAAGACCGCGUCCAAUCUACCGAUAUUGCUGCCAUGCAAAAAUUAUAA